CGGUGCCGGGCACCCUCCAGUCUCUCGCUCAGCAGCACCUGCCCAGUCGAUGAUUCAGUCAAGCGGUUGCCGCCGCCAGGAUGGUGCAGCUGCCGCAGCUGGUCGUCGCCUCCUCCUUGUGGCUCGGGCUGGGCUGGUGGGCGUCUUUGCCGCCAACCGGACUGGCGCUGCCCGAGGUGCUGUUCCGUUGCCCGCCCUGCACCGCCGACCGCCUCGCCUCCUGCCAUCCCGCCGGAUUCGAGACCACCGCCUGCCCGGAGUUAGUGCGAGAGCCCGGCUGUGGCUGCUGUCCAGUUUGUGCCCGCUUCGAGGGGGAGCCCUGCGGGGUGUACACGCCACGUUGCGUCUCCGGGUUCCGCUGCUACCCGACUCCCGGCUCUGAGUUGCCCCUUCAGGCGCUGGUGCAGGGACACGGCACCUGCACCCGGUGGAGCGCCGGCGCUGAGUACGACGCCACCACCGCCGAGCACACCGGGGCGGCUAUCGAAGAACAUCCUGAAAGAACUGCUGUGGAAAACAUUGUAGAUGGUGCCUCUACUGCGAUGAAUGGAAGGCAAAUGUCUGAGAAGGAAAUAGCCAUAAUUCGUGACAAAACGAAUGAGCAGCAAAAGCUGAUAGGCAGGCAUGUAUAUCCUCCGAUACGUGUCCCGCCUCUUCGGACACCCUGCCAACAGGAAUUGGACCAGGUAUUGGAACGUAUAUCAACCAUGCGCCUGCCAGAUGAACGUGGCCCAUUAGAGCAUCUUUAUUCCCUGAACAUCCCAAAUUGCGAUAAGCAAGGCCUUUACAAUCUCAAACAGUGCAAAAUGUCAGUGAAUGGUCAGCGAGGAGAAUGUUGGUGUGUUAAUCCCAACACUGGGAAAACCAUCUUGGGGUCGCCUACCAUCCGUGGAGAUCCUGAAUGCCACCUCUUCUAUACUGACCAUGAAGACAGGGGGACACCAGCCUUUCAAGUGCAAUAGUUGGACACAUUCCUACUCUCUGUCAUGUGGCUUGGCCUAUUCUCAGUGCUGGAUUUUACAUGGGUUUUAAUGCAGCUUGAUUUUUUCCUUCAUGUUGAUGUUCCAGCAAAUCCCCAGGGAUUUUUUGGGGGUGGGGUGGGGGAAAUCUGGGCUAUACAUUUAUCUCAGUUGUUUGCACCAUUGGGAAAAUACAAUAAAGGUGGUGGAUAGAAAAGUUUGGUAUCUCAGGCAUUCUCUUAUCCUGCUCCGAACUCUUCCCAAACUCUUCUAAAUCACUUUUACUCUUGCCAGAAGGAGCAAAGGAAACAGGUCAGAACAAAGAGUUAAAUUGACCUCUUCACCGACAUGUGCUCCUGCUUUUACCAGGCUGGAGGAGAUAAUCCUUACCCUAAUUCUUUCUCACCACCCAAGCCAAAGACCAAAGAUUGUAAAUACUACAUUGUGCCUGCUACACAGAGCCCUGCAGUCUCUCCAUGUUGGUCCCUUUGGAUUACUAGGUGUGUUACAGCUAAAGGACUAAAGAGAAUCUUUGCUUAGGGACCAAUAUUUCUUGGAAGGCAUGGCCAGCCUCCCUGCUACCACCCCCCCCCCCACUAUUAAAUGUUAAAACAUCAACGUGUAACCUUAUUCACUGAGAAUUCAAUGCCAAGGAUUAUUAUUCGGCAUCCUGCUGCCUCUUAGAUAAGACUUCAUAACUCUUAAGAAGCAAAAACCCAUUUAAAACCCAUGAGUAGACCAGUCAUUCUCCCUACCCUAAAUGAUGUAGGUCCAAGAUUAGCAGUGCCUGUGUCUCUGUAAGUAAACGACACUAAAUAUAGUGCUUUGUAAACCUUGAAAGUGGACAGAUUAUAUGUAUAUGUUCAUUGAUAUGCAUACAAGCCUGUAUGGAAUAAUCAGAUCUGGGAGCUAGGAGCGAUGUGGUGUUGAACUUUCAGUUCCCAGUAAUGAAUUAAGUUUCUCAGAUAACCAUUUCACCCUCUUGAGUUUAAUUUUGCUUUUGGGGUGGAUCAUGGAAAUGUUGAAAAAAUGAGAAGCAGUUGCAUGUAUUAUGUCUUCUUGUAUUAUAUAUGCCAAUUUAUAUUUACUGAACAGUUACUAUUAGUAUAAUUGUUGAAGACGGAAGGUUUUGUGCGUGUUCCUUUUUUUUAAUGCCAUAUAUAUUGGAAGAGAAAAAAAUGAAACAUUUCCAUCUUUUUUGUGUAAGAACACAGCAGAAAGAUGACAUUAGAAAAAUGUCUGGGCUUGUCUCUGGUCAGCUUGCCAUUUCACUGCAUCCUUUUCACACACAGAACUUUUGUUGUUCUAUCACGGUUGAUGCCUUGAAAGAAUCUCCUUCCUUCUCUACUUGUGUCCCCCUCCCAAAACUGCAGCACUAUAAAUGGCAAUUUAUAGUUUGAGGCAACAGACACAUUUCUUUUCCAGUUCCAUAAUCUCUGAUGAAAAUGAGGGGUGAAAUUGUGAAUUACUGAGAAUGUCAGUACUCGGACCCGUAGGCAGGUACCUGUACACACCUGCUUCAAGACCGGAUAUUAAAAUAAUAUCAAUGUUUCAUGUUGCAAGACAGAGACUGGUACAGGAAAUGAGUUGCAAUUUAAAUAUUAACUUUGAUAUUUACAUUUCAACUUAUUAUUAACAUUAAAUUUGAAUUUAAACAAAUAUUUUUCCAGAGCAAAUUAUAGACAGUGGAUUAUUUCCAGUAGGAAAGCAGAUAUAUGCUAAAGAAUUAAUAUGUUUUUUGGUGACAAGAGAUUCUGUGGAGAAAAAAAGGCAAUGCCAUAAGUGAAUGUGAUGGAGUAAAUCUCAAAUGGCACUGGAGAAGUUUUCCCAGCACGCACAGUACAUAAGGAAUAGAAGAGAUAAAAGAUGGCACGUUCUUAUUCAUUGCAGUGAAUGAAAACCAUUAUUUUCCUGUCAGGCAAAAUCUUGAUUAUUUGUGCUUUUUAAACAUUUAUGCUUAAUAUAAUCCAAACCCAAAUUCAUCAAACAAAUAUUCUUCUCAUUGGGAAGAAAAGAUUUGUUCCUUUUUAUUUACUUUCCACCUCCAAUCUAGCAAUUUAGCAACUAAUAUUGGUGCCUUUAAGAGGAAUACCACUUACCCCUUAAGUUUAUACUCUUAACUGUAGAUACUUCUUCAGGAACAAACCUAGAACUAUG